GCCGUUUUUUCUUUGACGACACUCCUCUCUUACUUCUUCCGCGUCAAACUGUCAAAAAGAUGUUUAACGGCUUUGCAAACACCACCAGUGCUCCCCUUGCUCCAUAUGAUCAAUUUCAACGCCAAACCAGCAGUAGUAGAAGCAGCAAUAGCGACUCACUUACACUCGACCAAGUCACCCAUGCCCUGGACGACUGCCACCGUGUCAUAAACGACCAACGCGACGCCUUUCAACGCCUUAUUGCCAAGGGUCAAAAAGUUCUGACAAUGACAGCAACAACAACGGUCCGAACAAAGAUUUUUCUCCGACUUUAUGAACUGGUCAUGAAGGCCGUUGACCUGUCAAAGAGCGCCGCCACCCCGAUGUUGGAAUCGGUGCGUACUACUACUGCUACUCAGGAAGGGUCCCCCCCUAUCGAUAUCGAAGACAUUGAGCGUCAGCUCAAAACACAACAGCACAAAAACGAAAAAACUCAAUCGGACCUCGCCGAAACUCGAUCGCAGCUGUCGGCGGCUGAGCUAAGGUUGACAGGGUGCUUGAACAGUAACGUUUCACUAAUGCGGGAGGUUGAGGGUUUGAAAAAUCACCUACACUACGCGACAGAAGAGAAUAACACAAUGAGACAACAGCUGCAACAAAGCAAUGGAAGCGCCGGUACUGCAGCAGCUUUGAAGUCCGAAAAUCAAGAGUUAUGUAAAGCACUUGACGAGCUGAAAAUCUCAUUUAAUGUUCAAAAGGCACAAGCGGAUGGCCUUCGACAAAACCAAGAACAGGAACUGAUUGUGAAACAACGAGAAGUCCAAGUUAUGCGAGAUGAAAUCUCUGAUCUCGGAAGGAAGGUUAGCAUUCUUAGCGUAGUGUAGAAACUUUGGAUGAAACUGGCUACUAUGCGUUGGCUCAUUUGCUCUUAUUGCACAUUUGGAUUUUGUUUAGUAUGCAAGUCUCGAAUUGGAGCAUAGUAAAAUCAGCAUGGAAC